CCGCGACAUUUAUAUGAGGAUUUAUUCCUGAACAAAACCAUGUGCGACGACCGAUCCUUUAACAGGCUUCCAAUGAGGCAGCGGCCUCAAUCUCACCACACAAAUCUCGCCCUGCCUUUGAGGGGCGCUAGAAACUACAGGGCGAGCGAUUACCAAAGCCCUGUCGCCAAUCGAUAUAGUGAAGCUGUAGGCCAGUGUGCCACACUCACAUCAGACGAAUGGCAAGGUUCAACAACUGAGGCCAAUCCUCACCAUCGAAAUUCUUGUUGGUAUCCUGCACCUGCGUACGAUCACCUGAAACUGGAGCUACUGCAGCUAUCGACAGACUUGUUUAGGCGAUGGAUGCCUGGGGUAGAGUACAUCGCGCCACCAGAAGACAGGUUGCAGCCCCAGGAACGAUUCAGGACACCUCAUCGCUAUUCAGGCAGGCGGCGAGUGAAGCAGGAAGACGACAUUGAUGAUGAGAAGUUCGUUUUUGUUUCAUAUGCACCCCGCACUAGGGCAUUCUUUCAUUUUGCUUGUCCCUUCUACAUCUACGACCCAGAAAAGCACCAACAAUGCCUCCUCACAGACGGCCUCAAGUCAAUCGAGGGUGUUAUUGAGCACGUCAUGAAACACCACUCCCGAUCACCGUAUUGUUCAAGAUGCUAUCAGAAGUUCAACUCGCUGAUUGAUCGCGAUGAUCACAUUUUGAGCGGUAGAUGCAAAAAGCGCUACCCAGACCCAACGGAUGGGGUCAAUGAAGACCAAAAGGCCUUAAUGAUAAGAGCCAAUGAUCAGUACUUGAGUGAAAAGAGGCGCUGGAAUCGUAUGUGGUCCAUUAUCUUUCCGGCUACGGAGUGGCCUCGGUCUCCAUAUCUGGAUCGGGGCCUUGGGCUCAAGACAUCAAUGGCACGGGACUUCUGGGGUUUAUAUGGUGUGCAACUUGUCUCGGAGAUUGUCGAGCAUCAGAAGCUGCCCGAUACUCAAGAGAGUAACGCUCAUAGUGCACUCUACGAGUUAGGGUUGCAAGAUUUGUUGAACAUCGUUAUUCAAGAGUAGGACUAUCUAGAGCAUGGGCUAGAUUUCAAGUUAUGGAUUGAGGACGUACUUAUGGAGGAAUUCCUGGCUUCAAAAUGAUUGAUCCACAUGGGCAUAGACAAAAACUAGAAUUGUUCCGAACUUGGAUUUCCUUGACGAAGGAUAUUUAGAUCAAAGGUUCUCACGACUACAGUCUAUUUACAUAGGCUCAAUAAAUAACACCAGAAACAUAAC